UUUUAGCUAAAGUACUCAGUUUUCCAACAGUGUUCGUGAGCUCAACAACGAAAUUUUAUUUCUGCAGCUGUGACGUAAAUUCCCCUUAAAACAAAUUCUACCUCUUCGAAAAACUAGCAAGCCUAAGAAACAUUAUAAAAUAAACUUGCUGACAUUUUCGUUAUAAAGGCAAGCAGGCGAAUUAAGUCGUAGAGAACGAGAAAAAAAAGAAUACUAAAGGUAGCCGCUCGUUUCCCCGUCCUUCCAGAACUGCAUCAUCGUGCCGUUGUCUGUGUGUGUGUGUGUGUGUGCGUGAAAGAGGCAACCAUUCGUACACCAUUGUCAUCCGGCAAGUGGUGAAAAGAGAGGAAAGGUAGUAAUAAUCGGUCAAACGAAGAGCGACCUUAAGUAGUGCCGUGCCGCCGAUCAGAGGAGAGCUUCAACGAACGGAAAAAACGUGGUUUUGCCGCAAAAUAGUUUAACUAGUGCAAAAACAAAACAAAAAGCGGGUUUUCUCAUUUACGCUAACAAAAAUAGAAAAACAAAAAAAAUCGUAAAAAAGAACAACUACGGAAAUGGAAACUCAAAACUCCAAUCAAAAUCCGACCGCUGAUGGUGCUGCCCCAGCUACCAAGGAUGGCGGUAAUUCAAAUCAAGAAGUCUCAUCCACCACUCAAAAUAUUGAACCAACAAAACGUUCAUUGCGCGUACAAACAUGGAGAAAAUUGCAAGAAAAUAAAUACGGAGUCGGAUUCAAUAGGAUUUUUAAUCGCAUACCCGACUUUGUAAAUAGCGAUAAAGCCGCUUUAAUGUUGGCGGAAACUGAUGAAUUCAAGAAUGCCACGAAUAUUAAAAUAAUGAUUGAUCGAGCUUUACAUGUUGCCAAAUUUCAAGCGCUAUUGGCUAACAAAAAUUUGUACUUGCCGGGAACGCGUGACUCCAAGGCGCUGUACUUGAAAGUAGAUGUACCGCCUAAUGCCACAGAUGAGCAAAAGAAAGAGAUACUGAAUGUCCAGGACGUACAGAAUCAUCGCACAGAAAUUUCUUUGGAUACUAAAAUAAAACUGGACAUGGUUGUCAUUGGCUCAGUGGUGGUUUCGCGCGAUGGUUAUCGCAUUGGCCGCGGCAACGGUUUUAAUGAUUUGGAUAUUGGUCUGCUUACGGAAACUGGUGCAUUAACUCCUGAAACUAUAAUAGUUACCUUGGUCCAUGACGCUCAGGUGGUCGACAAUUUACCAACAAAUUUGUUUCAAAAAUACGAUACACCUGUUGAUUUAAUUGUUACCCCCACCGAAGUGAUACAUGUGGAUAAACGUUUGCCACGUCCAACUGGUAUCUUUUGGGAGUUACUAUCGGAACGUCGCCUCAAGAUCAUACCUGUAUUGCAGGUUCUUAAAGAGACUCUGGAAAAAGAGGGUAAAGUUAUUACCCUGAAAGAAAUUGACACCGAUAUCGAGCAGAGUCAAAAAGGUCGCCGCCGUGGUAUGAUGCGUCGUCGCUAUGGAAAUCGCCGCUAUCAGCGUCGGGCAAUUUCACAGACUGACACUGAACAACAGCAGGGAGAAAAUACAGAACAACGACGAUUCCCUCGUCGAAGACGUUUCAUUAAUCGUCGACGACGCCCAACCAAAUCUGAAGGCGAUCAAUCAGGCAUUGAAUCUAUGAGCCAAGAACGUCGAGCUGGCGGGGGUGGUGGAGAUGGUGGCAACCGCAGAUCGCGGCCACGCAAAAAUCGUCCUGUUCUUGAUUUCUCCAUUAAGGUGACUAAUCUAAGACGUGGCAUGCGCAUUAAAGACUUGAAAGCCGAAUUGCGCAAACGACAAUGUAAUCCAUUGGGUAUUACUUGGAAAGCGUCCAUCGGUCGCUGUUUCUUGCAUUUCGGUAAUCGUAAUGGUCAACCGAGCACCGAUGAGGAUAUGGAAAAGGUGUUGACUGCUUUAAGCAAUCUUACUUUAACCAUUAAUCCACCACGCAACGAUAAUGCCCCUAAUGCCAAUGGAGCUGAAGGUGACGUUGGUGAACCGUCGCCUCAAUCUAAACCACCAAAGACCAUCAAUCUUAAUGUAAAGUUGAUUAAACGCAAUGAGAAAAAGAAAGUUGGUGGGAACAACGAAGUCAAUGGAGACGAUGCUGCGGGUGGCGACGCUAGUAACGCCCGUAUCGAGUCUGUCGACGCUACUCCUGUAUAGUGUGAGAUGUGGGCUGUUGCUUAACGGUUGUACUUUUGGUUUAGACAUUUGGGGACGUGCAUUCCUUUUCAUUACAGGAUAUUAAAAAAUACUUAUUACUGCUACUACCAUUCAUCCAUUUCAUUUCGGUUAACAAUGCAGCGACGACUACGUUCAAUUAGUCUUACGAGUUGCGUUUCUUAACGAGGUUUUCUCUCUUUUUUUUUUUUUUUUUUUUGUUUUUUUUU